AUGGUUGAAUUGCUUCAAUAUUUUAACUGGACAUAUGUGUCCGCAGUCUACACCGAUGAUUCCUAUGGUGUACACGGGAUCAAACUGUUGAAAAGUGAAGCCAAAAAACGCGGUGAGUUUAAAUAAACUAAUAAGUAUAGGUAAUCAUGCGAUGGCGAGUACAAUUAGGGAUAGUACGAGCUGUGAUGUUUGGAAAUGUUGCCAAAAUUGGACGAGCCGCCGGGGCGAGUACUAUUAAUCCCUAAUUGUACGAGCAACAUUGUUCCUUAUUAGCAUGACAAAAUUAGAUACUUCUCAAUGUCAACAUCAUAUUCACUCGCUAAAACCCAGUCCUGCAAGACUUGCAACCAAAUUUAAAAUUUGGUGCUUUUGUUUGCAUUUUCAUUCGUAAAUCUUAAACUCUCUAAUGUAAUUACCAUUGACAUUGUGUGUGCAUGAUCACACAAUGAUCAGAAGACUGUUUCGUAACUAUAUACAGUCGCAAACCGACAAACAACAAACAAGUAACUGUCAAACCUAAUUUCCCAUUAAUUGUAAUAUUGUCUGGUUGUAUUAACACAAAAACAUUGUUUUAAAAAAUGUGCAUCAUCCUGAUGUAUUUACAGUAUAAAAUGACUUAGUCGAAAGCUAGACAAUAUUAAAAUGUUCAUUUUCGGAAUUACCCUUUUUUUGAAUUUCAUUAAAAUACUCCGUUUUUUCCAUAGUCUCCUCAUUUGGUAUGUAUAUAUAUAUAUAUAUAUAUAUAUAUAUAUAUAUAUAUAUAUAUAUAUAUAUAUAUAUAUAUAUAUAUAUAUAUAUAUAUAUAUAUAUAUAUGACGAAAAAUGCUAAAAUAUAUAUAUAUAUAUAUAUACGCCAAAAUGAGGCUUUAGACAUGAAAAGGAGGUAGAAGGCCCCGAAAAGACCAAUUUUCGAAAACAGCGCAUUUGAAAUGACUAAAUUUACUGAUUACUCUUCUCAAAGAUACUUUUUUUCAUUCAGGGAUAUGUUUUGCCACUGAAAUACAACUACCAGUGAUUUAUAACGAAGCUACGUACCGUGAAAAAAUUGGUCAACUGGCAAAUCUUAAUAGAACUGACGUCAUCACAUUGUUUUGCAUUGGUGCAGCAAUCAUGCCCAUGCUAAACAUAAUGGCGGGUAUAAUAAAAAACUUUGAUCAAAUCCACUUAUUUGGCUCAGAGGCUAUGGGCAACUCUUGGCUUUUAGAUAACAUUGCUCAGAUAAAAACAGGAUUUGUGUAUACCCGGCUGAUAAGUAACAACAUACCAGACUACCAAAACUACCUGGAAAAUUUAAGAGUCGAAAAUAUAAAUUCGAACAUGGCGGCGUUGAUUAAGCUUUCCUAUGAGCAAAUCAUGAAUUGUACUUUCAAAAAUGGUAUCAAGAACGUGCAAAGAUGCAAUUCAAGUCAGACAUUUGGAACUUCGUUAUUGCCAGGUUACUCGUUCUACGUCAGUGAUAGAGUUAUAGAUGCUGUAUACGUUUUUGCGCGUGGUCUUCACCAAGUACUGAAAGCUACAUGCCCAAGUCUGUCCAACUGUGAGCAAACCACCAAAAUAUCUGGCUCAUUAUUACUCGACACUAUCCGUAAUUCGAGUUUUCCAAGCGUUGAUGGCCGGAGAGUUGAUAUAAAUAGUGAAGGUGAGGUGAAAGGAGGAUAUACAUUUCAUUACGUCAUACCAGGAAACAAGAUUGGUACAUGGCAGAAUAUUAAUAUUGGUAGUUGGCUAGGUCGGCUGAAAAUGAAUGCCAGUUCAAUUUCUGUCUUGAAGUCAAUCUCUGUUAAAGCACAAUGUUCUGAGCCGUGUAAAGACAACAAAAUUAAACAACGCAUCCAUGAUAAACCAGUUUGUUGUUGGACAUGCGUGGAAUGUCCGGCUGGUUCCAUUGCUAUUAACGAAACAACUUGUUAUCCAUGUGGGCAGGGAUAUUUGGCAAACAAACAAACAAGAUGUAUCAAAAUUCAUGAAAUUUUCUACAGUUUGGACAAAAGAAUCUCAAAGUUUCUGGUUAUUCCGCCUCUAGUACUAUCUGUACUGGGAAUGGUUUGUCUUCUUUUCACUCUGUAUAUAUUCAUCAAGUUUAAUGAUAAUCCAUUGGUAAAAGCAUCUGGUCGUGAAUUGUGCUAUUUAUUACUAACUGGACUGUUGCUAUCAUUCCUUUUCCCUAUUGUUUGUAUCUGUAGGCCAUCACGCUUCAAAUGUCAGACGCAAUUUAUUCUUGACAGUCUUCCCCUCACAAUAUCUCUUGUUCCAAUUGCGAUGAAAACUAACCGCGUCGUUCGUAUUUUUGACCCAACACGCAGAAUCACAAAUCGACCUUCAUUCACGCGUCCACUACCUCAAAUAAUUUUAUCCAUCCUGUUGAUCAGCAUCCAAAUUGUCCUCCUGCUUGCAUUGGUUAUCAUGCAGUUUCCCAAGGAGAAAAUUGUUUAUUUCUCAUCGACAGAAGUGCAUCUUGUUUGCAGCACAACGCAGACCCAGAUCCUUUUUGCACACAUGUAUAACUCAAUCCUGAUAAUAAUUUGUACUUACUAUGGUUUUAGAGUAAGGAAUACACCUAGUAAAUUUAACGAAGCCAAAUGCAUUGCAUUUGCAAUGUACGCAUUAUGUGUGAUGAUCGUUGCAUUUUUCGUUGUGUUCGUGGUUGCUGCAACUGGAAGUUCAAAUGAGAUCCUUCAACAGGCUAUACAAUCCUACCGUGUUGUGCUAUUAGCCAUGGUCAUUUUAUUUUGUUUCUUCGCACCCAAAGUUUAUAUCGUCCUGUUUCCACGUAAAAUUCUCUUUAAUGAAGAAAGCACAGCCGUCUGUAAUUCACAGACAGACCAAGUUCUCGUGAGGUAA